GUUUAACAAGUUAGGCCUGGCUUCCCAUUCUGCACAGUCGAUCGCUUGUUGAUAUUUUCGACCAGGUAAAAAUGCUUCAGUGCCGGUGAGCUUGAAAGUUGUAAGGAACUAGCGCUAUAAGAGACGGAGCUAUAGGGCAGGGGCAAUUUGAUCUCACCUCUCAAACUUUUCGAUUAUCUUUUCUCCACACAGAAUUUUUUUCUGUUUGAAGUUUUGAAGUGGACGGAAAGUUUACCGAGAUUUCAACGCCCGUUGACAUCGAUUUUGUUGAGACGGAUUUUCAUUUCAGGGCCGACGGUUCGCCUAAAAAUCUGAACUUAAACGGAAUUCGCGAAGAAGGAUUCAAGCACAUAAAUCUUCUUGGCCUCUCUGGGGACAUCAUCUGCGGUUAUACCGGAGUCCGCGUAUCCAUUUCCUCUUGACGGACUUCCUGGUUUCUGGUAGAAAAGGUAAUGGGGAUUAAUUCAAGGCCACGAGGAAUUUUCAACGAAAUGGCUGUGGAAUUAUCACGGAAUACAGUAGCCAAAUUACGGACGUUACGAUCUUGUGCAGUUGUUUGGCUGAUAUGCAGCACAACUUUUUCAGUCACAGCUCAGACAGGAGACCCACAAUUUGAUCCCAAUGCUUUAGAUGAAGGAACAUUAGAGCCAUACAGUCAAACAACUAGCCAUCAAGAUAGUACAACAUUUCAUUCAUCAGCUCCCCCUUCAUCCUCAUCAUCGUCUGUAGAGAACCACAUCAAUGGAUCGUCUGCAUCAUCAGAAGUUAGUUACGACUAUGUAUUGGCUGCUAUACACAUAUCCUCAGUGCCAUGGUCACCACAGCUGGCCAUGUACGAAUCACAAGAAUUUCGGGAGCUCGCAACCAACGUGACGGAUGAGGUGGAGUGUGUUUUUAGAAAAUCUGCUAUUAAUGACAGUGUAGUGAAUGUGAUGAUUAACGGGUUCAGGUACACCAGUUACUAUUCCUGUAACAUCCCAACAUCUGCAGCGCAAGAAAACACAACUGUAACAGAGUCGGCCACAACAAGGAUGACACAGGUGACCUCUAGGACAACAGCCAUGCCCGUUACAUCCACCGAUCCCUUAGAGCCGUUGACGUCUGCAACUACAACGCUCCAGGCUGGCACACCGAUGACAGACACUACUGUGUCACAAGCAACACCGGAGGCACUUUUGUUCAAUUACGUCGUAGCAAGCUGA